AUGUCUCCAACAGUGGGCUUGGCUGAUGUCCUUCUCGGUUCAUGGAAUCUUGAGAAAACAGACGCCUUUAUGACGCAUUGGGUACCAACUUCAUAUAAGAUUACCGUUGCGUAUUUAUUAAUGAUUUAUCUGGGCCAAAAAUUUAUGCGAAAUAGGAAACCGCUCGAGUUGGACGGCACGCUAGCUCUAUGGAAUUUCAUGUUUUCAUUAUUCUCCGGUGUAGCAGCUUAUAAAUUAAUUCCUGAAUUAUUCCAAACAUUCCGGAAUGAUGGUUUUGUUGGUUCCUACUGUAAUAUUAAUGAAUACUAUACGGAUGCAUCAACGGGUUUCUGGGGAUGGGCAUUUGUGAUGUCGAAGGCACCGGAACUCGGUGACACUUUAAAGAAACCAGUGAUCUUUAUGCACUGGUAUCAUCAUGCACUCACAUUCGUCUACGCCGCCAUCUGCUACUCUGAGCAUCAGGCUUGGGCCCGAUGGUCACUUGCUCUUAACCUUACUGUACACACCAUCAUGUACUUCUAUUUUGGAGUUCGAGCGAUGAAAAUCGAAACACCACGACCGGUUGCGAAAUUCAUCACCACGAUUCAGAUUGCACAAUUUGUUAUCAGCUGUUAUAUUUUUGCACAUCUUGUUAUCAUCAAAAGCUACAAUCAAAUUCCAAACUGUGCUGUAAGCUGGAAUGUCCUCUCAAUCGGUGGUCUUAUGUACCUCAGCUACCUCUACCUAUUCGCCGAAUUCUUUUAUAAGGCCUACAUAAAGCAGCGAUCGCCCACGAAGGCUUAA